AUGGAUGCUUUGGACAGUCACCUUCCUCCCAUGGCUGGAAAUAGUGAUACUCCUAAUUCACAAGAAUUACAAAAAAUUCUGAUUGAUGAGAGAAUGCGAUGUGAACAUCAUAAAGUAAAUUAUCAAACUAUGAAGGCAGAAAAUCUAAGAUUACAAGAGGAAUAUACAAAAUCACAGGAAGAACUGAAGCAGUUGUUAGUUGAAAAGCAGACUGUACAUGACAAAUUUCAGCUUCUUCUUGCUGAAUAUCAAGAGGAGUUGUUGAGUAAAACACAAGAACUGGAAAAACUGAAGAUGCAGGUGCUAACUCCUCAAAAAUUAGAACUGUUAAAAGCGCAAAUACAGCAGGAUUUGGAAUCUCCUAUGACAGAACGUUAUCGGAAGCUAGAAAAUGAAGUGGAAAAAUACAGAACAGAAUAUAACAAACUUCGUUAUGAACAUACUUUUCUGAAAUCAGAAUUUGAACAUCAAAAGGAAGAACAUGAACGUAUUUUAGAAGAGAAGAAAAUACAAUAUGAUGCUGAGAUUGCAAGACUGGAUAAAGAUAAAGAAGAACUCCAUAAUCAGCUGCUUAGCGUUGAUCCCACGAGGCACAGUAAGCGUGUGGAGGUCCUCUCUAGAGAAAAGGCACAACUGAAUCAAAAAUUAAAAGGCUUAGAAGCAGAAGUAGCAGAACUAAGAGCAGAAAGACAGAAUUGUGGCAUGCAAGCAGAAAAUGUUCGAAGAAUACAAGUACGACAGUUAGCUGAGUUGCAGGCUAUGACAAGGUCUCUAGAGGCAGAAAAGAAGUCUGCUGAACUACAGAUUGAACGAAUUGAGAAAGAACUGCAGAUGAGUAAUGAUCAAAACAUUCUCUUAACCAAUAAACUUCACAAAUCUGAACAAGAAGUCAAUUCCUUAGCUGCUAUAGUAAAAGAACUUAAACAUUCACAUAAAUUGGAAAUAACAAAUGUCAAACUGGAGGCAGCAAAAACAAAGAGUGAGGUAGAAAGAGAGAGAAACAAGAUUCAAAGUGAAAUGGAUGGAUUGCUGUCAGACAAGGAAAUUCUUACGUCAACUGUUGAACGUCUUAAGGCGCUUGUAGUAGAAAAGGAUCGGGAACUAAUUCGUAAAGUGCAAGGUGCCAAAGAGGAAUUUUUUGGAAAAAUUGCAGCCUUACAGGAUGAAAAUUUGGAACUCGAGAACAAAUUAGCUGAUCUAGAGAAGAUGAAACUGGAACAAGAUGCUCGAGGACAAUCUGAAAAGGAUCAGUAUGAAGAGAAACUGCGUGUUGCACAGGUGGCAGAAGAAUCUAGCAAAAAAGAACUUCAGCAUUUGCGAUUAAAAAUUCAACAGCAGGCUGCUCAGACAGAGGCGUUGGAAGAUCUGAAACAGCAAAUUCAUGACAUGCAACUCCAGCUUGCCUCACUUUCUCAAUCAGAAAAUGGGUUGCUGGAGUGUAAUCAGAAGCUGAAGGAAAUAAUAGAGAGAUUGAAACAAGAAUGUCAACAUGCAAGGACUCAAGCAGAAAAAGCUCAGCUGGAAACAAAGGCUUUCGAGUACAAGAGAACAGAAUGGCUGGAGGAGAAGCAUGUGCUUACUCAGCGCAUCACAGAGAAAGAAGAGAAAUACAACCAAAUAAAGGAAAAGCUACGUCGAGCUGCUGUUGCUCAGAAAAAGAGAAAGACUCUCUCUGACAACAAACAAAGGAGGUUGCAACAGAAACUAGAACUUUUGGAAGCCAAGACAGAAGAGCUAGCAAUAGAAAAUCAGGUGCUAAAGAGGCAGAACGUUUCCUAUAAAGAAUACAUGUGCCUCCAGAAGAGACUGAAGGACUUGCAGCGUAGGCACAAUGAAUUCCGGAGUUUAAUUCUGAAUCCUACCAUGCCGUCACUCAACCCAGACAGUGUAAGGUCAUCAUCUGCCUUGCCUCUGUGGCCUGAAGUGUCCUUCCCUCUUCUACAGGAGGAACAGCAUCAAAGACAGCUUUCCCUGCUUUACAAGCGACUGGAAGAACUAGAAGCCACACAGAAAAAACAGCUGCAAGAUCUUGGACCACCCAGAAAGAAUGUGGGCGCAUACACGGACUUGCCUAGAAACAAGAUUGCUGGAGAAGCCAAUGCACAAAGCGAGAGCUCCUAA